GGAGAUGCACGAAUCGAAAACUAUCACGCGUACGGGUUAGAUUUUUCAGACGGUUUUGUGUAUGCGAACGGCACACAAAGAACCCGUAAAUGGGUGGCAACGCUAUUUUAGGUCUAUUAGGACAAACAUUCGCACUGAUUGUAUUAUUGAUCCAGACAACCUAAAAGCUAUCAAGUAGCUAAAGCGUGGGGUAAUUUCCCAUAAUAUUGAAUGCAACAUAUUUGGCAACCCGGGUAAAUCAAACUCUUAGGAAACACAACAGUAAAAAUGGCUAAUACGUUGUGCUCCAACUUAAUAAUUAAUUGGGAGAUUUAGUUAACCUUUGAACACAGUUUGGAUUCAUGUAGAGUACUUAAUUUAAGUCAGUGAACAUUCAUCAUUAAACGGGAUUACGACAAAAUAACUUGUGCCUGGACAUGAAAGAAAAUGGGCAGCUACAGUGACCCCAGCAGUGAUCUAGAGGAGGAGCUGCCAGUGUUUGACUUCCUGAAGUCUGUUCGACAGCUCAGCCAAACAUCCCGAAAUCAAAAUGCGCUGAAAACACAUGUGGUGGAUCUGAGUGAGUCUGAUGCAGAGGAAGGAGCGAAGGGCAAGACGGGCGCUUGUACACGAGGGCCGGAUGUAAUGAUGAUCAGCAGUGAUUCUGAUGACGAUGCACCAUAUGUCCCCCUGGCGCAGAGGCUCAAACAGAAACAAGGCAAUGUGAUUAGUGCUUCUUCCUCUGUCACUAAUGGGAAAGAUGCUGAGCAGUACGAGGUUUCCAAUCUGGCCAACUCUCUGGCGUUCACUAACUGUGGGUUUUCAGCGCUGGGGCCCCCGCUCAGCUCCCAUCAGGUGAUGACAGAAGCGGCAGAGUGCCCAGGCGAAAGGAAUUUCCCUCAGCGCUGGCUGCCUACGAAGUCUUCCUCCGGCACAAUGAGCACCAGCACCUCUACUGCCAAGAGUAAACCUGCCAAGCGGACGACGGAGGAGAUCCAAGUCUCGAGGGAGGAGGCUUUGUGGAGGAGGCAGGCCAAGCAGAGACAGCAGAGGGACAAGGAGGAGCUCAGGCAGGAACAGGAGAGACAAAAAGCAGAGAGGAAAGCUUUAGCAGAGGCUGCCAAGGCCUUGAGGCCGGAGGAGUGUAUCAAGCACAUGGUGGUGGUUGUGGACCCAGCUCUCCUGCAGUUGGAAGGCGGUGGGACUUUGCUGGCAUCGGUGCAGGCCUUGGGUUGCAGCUGCGCCAUUGAGAAACAACCCCUCCCACGCAGUGUCAGCUGGAUGAGGAUGGCUCCCUGUGCACAGCCUGAAGGUGGAGCAUGUGUCCCAGAAACCCACGUUGUGAUCCAGAUGACGGUUGAGGACUUCAUCACUCUGAGUCACAGCUACAUUCAGGAGGAGAGGAAUGGCAGGUCAGAGUUUGGACCUACCCUGACGUCAUGGGUGCAGGAACUGCAGAAGCGUCACCCUGAUAAGGUCCUCAGCCUGGUGGUGAUCGACCUGGAGAAAUACUUCAGAACUCACAAGUCACAAAGCCAGAAGAGGUUUCGAGAGGCGAUCGUGGGUGAGGAGAACAGAGGAGGGAAACGAGAGGUGAAGAAGAGGAAGAAGAAUGAAGGAGUCCAGGCGCUCCCGGAGGUGUCACGAGUUGAAGUAGAAGAGGCUGUGGUUCAUCUCCAGCUGCACACCAGAGUCCCAGUCCGCCUCUUGUCCACCUGGAAGGACUUCUCAGAUCACAUCACCAUGACAACCAAAGCUGUUGCGGAGGCCCCUUUCAAGCGAGAGAGGGAGAAGACGGGCUUUUCUUUCUACUUGGAGAGCGAGUGGGCGGGUGGUCAGCGGGUGGACAAAGCAGGCAAAGGGCUUCUGCAGGUGUGGAAGAGACAGAUCCAACAGCUGAACAGGGUCAGUCCAGACAUGGCCUCAGCCAUCCUGGCAGCUUAUCCCUCCCCACAGCUACUCAAGAAGGCUUACAGUCUGUGCAAGACAGAGCGGGAGAGGAUCGGCCUGCUGUCGGACCUCCUGAUCCGCAGGGGAGAAGGCGUGACGUCCACAACUCGGCGGGUGGGCCCGGAGCUCUCCAAACGCCUCUUUCUCAUAAUGAACUCCCAUGACCCUGAACAGACCCUCGAUGCAACUGCCUGAAAUAUUUUACAUAUUAUUAGCCUCGUAGCAUAAUGGCCUAUGUUAUAUUUUUGGCCAAAUUGUGAUACAAGUAGUCGCUUUUUCAUUGGAUAUCUGCAUAAAACUACACC